AUGCCCUUCGGUUUGAAGAAUGCUGGGGCAACCUACCAGAGGCUAAUGAAUAAAAUUUUGGAAGGGCUUCAUAUCAAGCACAAGGUUACGUCUGUGGAACACCCUCAGACUAAUGGUCCAGCUGAGGCCGUAAACAAAGUGAUCUUGCAUGAAUUAAAAAGAAGAUUAGGUUCGGCAAAAGAGGAGUGGGCAGAGAAGCUGCCCGAGGUGCUAUGGGCUUAUCGGUGUACGCCACAAACCACAACAAACGAAACUCCUUUUCGGCUUACCUAUGGUAAUGAUGCCAUGGUGCCGGUAGAAAUUGGAGAACCUUCAUUUCGAAAGGAGAAUUUCGAGGAAUCAGCUAAUAACGAGGCUUUGGCCAUCAACCUGGACUUAAUAGCUGAGGUGCGUGGCCAAGCAGCCAUUAUGACCGAGGCCAGCAGAAGAAUGAUGGGUAGAAAUUUUAAUACCAAAAUCAAUCUACGACAAUUUUAUGAAAAUGACUUGGUAUGA